AUGUUCAACAAGAUUCUCCUCCUCUCAGCUGCACUCACCGGCGCUGUCGUAAACGCUACGACCUAUGCAACCUUCUACUCAGACCCUUCGUGCCAAAAUGAUGCUUCGGUUGACUUUUCUGUUAACAAUCCUGGUUGUUUCAGCGUAGGCGGUAACGAAUACGUCAAAUACCACGGCAGCAACAUUCAAUGUUUCUCGCUCGUCAAGUCUCCAGACGCAAGUUGCCCAUGUCAAUUCGAUUGCAUUGAAGGUUUAAACGCUGUUGGCGGUAAAGGUUCUGACUGUUAUGGUAUAAUGAUCCCAGAUGACGGUUGCUAUUACAUUGGUCAAUCUGAAUCACUCCGUUUCAUUGGUGGUAUGUGUCCAGGAAACGACUGCCCAGACAGAUCAAGCAGAUCUAUUCCAACUCUUGAAGACAACUAG